AUGGCCACGGUCAUCCCAGGCCCGCCUGCAUUGUCAGGAGAGCUGGCCCUCUUUCACACCACCGAUCCGCUUCUCAGCAACUCCCCCGUGCUCGUCUUCCAUGGCCCCGCGUCCACCAUUGGCGCGACCAGCUCGCGCAUACAGGUUCACGUCUUCACACCUGCCGGCCUCGCUUCCUAUUCGCGCCUCUCCGUUUCCCCGAACUCGCCAUUCUACUCGGCUGUCAGCAACUUGCCACGUGAAGAGCAGGGUGAUGAGGUCUGCCGCGGUUUGGCCUUUGGCUUGAAGAAGUACUUCGAGGAGCUGUCGGAGGCCGUGAAGAAGACAUGGGCAUCGCAGGUCAAGACGCCUUCGCCUGGUGCGUUGUUUGGGGACGAUCAUAUCGCCAUCUUGGCGACUCGCAUGAACAAGGUGGAGAAUGUUGACGAUGUGGUUGGCGACAUCUCAGAGGCAUUCUGUGAGCAGCGGUUAUCCUGGUUGGACAUCGACGUUCUUCUUCCCGCGGGCACUAUUGCAGAUCGAUCCGAUUCGGCUAGAUCCGAGGAUCUGGACGAUCAUGAACUCCUUGUGCAGAGAUAUGGACGAUAUGCGGAUCUGAUUGAGAGCUUGGGCGACGUUACUUUCCUGCCAACUUCAAAGCUGAAGCGUGCGCCAUCCAAGGCCAAUGCCAUUGGACGAAGCACUUCUUUCACCAAGCAACAGAAGGAGAACGUCCGCAAGGAACUCCAGGAACUGCUGAACACUGAACAAAGCUAUGUGGGGCGUCUGGAGGAGUUGCAGGGACUGUCCGGGAGGCUCGGAGCAGACUUGAAAGAGAGUCUGCAACAGCAGUUGGCCCAGAUCUUUCCACCCAGCAUUACUCAGAUCUUGGAAAUCAAUUCGGGUUUCUUGGAUGCUAUUAAGAGUGUUGUCGAGAGUACGGAAGCUGCAGCGGAAGACGACAUCGAGAAUUCGCAAGAAAUUGAUCCCAACACACCUGUAACACCGGAGCCAGGAUCUGACUUGCAAGGAGUCUAUCCAAUUGCACAAUGCCUACUCGAAUGGUUUCCAAGGUUCUCGGAUCUCUACAAAGACUACCUCAGCAGCCACGCACGCGCCUCGCAAACAUUGCGCGUGCUUCUUCGCAAUGGCGAUUCGUUGACUAGCGAGUUGCAGGACGUUGGUGAACAAAAGCUUAUAUCACUACUUAUCGAACCGGUCCAGCGACUCCCACGCUACAAUCUCUACAUCGACAGCAUUACCAAGCAGCUUCCUGCCCGUCAUCCAGCCCUCAGACCAUUGCUCAAAGCCCGCGAUAUCAUCACAGAGACAUGUGCGGAAAACGAAGGCACCGAAGCUACUGCCGUUGUUGAGCGAUUGCGCGCACGAACCCUGGGCUGGCCCGCAGAUAUCGACAUCAAAGGACGUCUGAUCACGGGAGCUGACUUCGUCGAAUUAUGUCCACCACACAGCCUCGAACGAUGCGAUGGAGUUCGUGGAAUACUGCUCCUCUUCACGGAUGGUAUUGUGGUUGUGGAAAAGUCGGGCAAGGGCAAGACGACCGCCCGUUCCCUGGUGACUGAGCUAGAGAGCGGAUCGCUCCCAGCAAGAUCAGUGGAAAGUCUAUCUGACACUGCUGGAGACCUGCAGUUCGUACGUCGGUUACAACUCGAUGCUGUGCAACUGACAGAGAGUCACGAUGGCCAGGCGUUGCAGCUGCUUACCUUCUUUGAGCUGGCAAUGGGUGCUCUAGCUGCAAGAGAGGCAAUUCUAGAUUCUUGUCAGAUUGUACGCCUGGAGAACAUGUACGAUGGAAAGGUCUCUCGAUUCAUCGAGGAGGUCUGCAAGGCGAGAGUAGAGAGUCGUUUCUCAGAAGCAGAGCGUGAAUCAGCCAGCUGGGACUUCCGUGCUACUGACGUCGCAUCAGACAGUCUGAGCUUGCUCAGUGCAGUGUUUGAGGAUGCCAACGUCGAACACGUCAACGCCAGAGGCAGCAAUGCUGCCAUACGAAUCGUUGUGGAUGCUGAGCGACAUGAUGAGCGACCAGUUGCUGGCCAAAGCGGCAUUCGGACUAUCGUCAACCUAACUCCUGGGCGAGAAGGACUGUGGCGCAUGGCGAUAGAUUCGAUCGAUGGCGGUCUUGGACGUGAGCACAUCGAAACGCCAGACCUAGUGCCUGCGAUCCGUAGAAAGCUGGCAUCGUUGAUAAGCGGCCGCUUUGCAAUCGAACAGCCUGCCAUGACAGCUUGCAUGCUAGGUCGGAACCUGGAUGUCUUGCAGUCGCUAGAUUUGCAAAUCGUUCUGCAAGACGGCGACGGAGACCGCACGCAGCUUGCACCUCGCGAACGCAUACAUCGUCCAAAGUCGCCCAAGAAGCUGCUCUCCAGUUUCUUGUCAAGCGUCGGUCCUGGUGAUGAGCCACGAAACCUGCUCAGGAAAGAAUCAAGAGACCUGCCAGCUCUUCCCCUCUCUGCACAACCCUCGCUGUCACGGAUACCAGCGACUACAUCGAACAAACCCCCCAGUCGAGAGUCCCGACCGUCAUCUCGAGACCAGACUGCGAUCUCAUUCUCCUCGACAUCAAGUGAACCUCCUUCUGUGCAUCUGAAGAAGCUCGAAGACACACUGUCUGCCUAUGUACUGGCACUCCAAGCCCGAAAAGGCAACAUUGUGGGCAAGAACCUCAAAAUGCGACUCGUUGCAGACGACCUCCUUGUGAACGAGCUUUACAACAGUUUGCUUGAAGAUCCGAACAUGAUGGUGUUGGCUGCCCAGGCUCCACUCGAUGUACUAUUUGCCGCGUUCGAGAAGUUCUUGAACAUGGCGUGGAAGGACAGCAUUGGAGAAGUCAUGCCUACUUCAAUUCUGCGAGACAUCCAGUCAAAAGCCGAAUCGCUGUUUCCAAGAGACUUUGACGAGUACUUCAAGUCAGCACUGGGGAAGCUUGCGCCGCAGAACCAACGUGCUUUCAAGGGGAUCAUGAAGCUGCUUGCGGACUUGCUCGACGGAACUGGCAACGAUGGAGAUCGAGGCACGUUGACAGCUUGCUUCGCAGAGGUCUUGGUCAGCGAGGGUAACCCACACGACUACAUUGCCCUCUUUGACCGGUUCGUGGACGACACUGACACAUACUUUGGCGAGCCAAUUGAAGAACCUCGACAGAAUCAUGGAAGUGGCUCCGUCAAUUCGCACAAGAGAGCACGGUCGGUAAACUCAUCUUCCAUCACGAGCAACACCUCUUCACUACGACGGAAGUUCGGCUUCAGCACCCUAUCUCGAGAGAAUAGCAAAUCCGAGCAGGAGUCAAAAGUCGCUUCUGUCUGGCGGAGUCUUAGCAAGACAAGUCGAACCGAUGCCAGCCCUCACAAUAGCGUUUCGAAGGGCUCGCUCGGUCGAUCUCAGUCCAUAGACGAGGGUGUUGCACGAGGGAAUCGUCCCUUGUCGCAGGACAGUACGAAAGCCCACGGCUUUGGCGAAAUGCCGUCAAUGCCAGCGCUUGGCCGGACACCUUCGAGCCACAAUCUCGGUCUGUCGACCAUUGGAGAACAUCCAAGUUUCAUCCCUACAGGUCCACCCAGGAAGAAACGGCGUAGCUCGCUGUCAGUCCUGCAGAGUGUAGAGAACUCACCAAACCGCUCACCAUCACCGCCUCGGAGACCACCACUGAAACAGAGCAAGACCGAAGAGAAGGAGCUUCCAAUGUCGCCCCCUCCGAUGACUCCCUCAACAAAGAUGAAUAGCGGUAGAUUUGGCAGUCCUUCUCACGGCUCACCUCGCUCUCGGUUACCAUCGUCCUUUAGAGGAGAGCUAUCGCCUGGACCAAACAGAGCGAUUGGGUAUACUGAACAGCCACGGCCCAAGACGAGUGGAGGUGUUCCUGAUGAGGUGGUCAUCUCCAGCCGGCCAUUGUCAAACAUUCCAAGCUUGACCCCAAAGACUAGCUCGACGUCAAAGCAUCUGCCAGCUACGCCUGGACGCACUGGCCUCUCCGAGCGCCCAGGGGCUGGCAACAUCGUCAAGAAACCAUCGCCGCAACCAGAAAAGACGACAAGAGAUCGUAGCAAGACGGUUGGCACAGAGACUCCAGUACCUUCAACGCCGUCUAGGAAGCUACGCAUGCAGUCGCCGCAGAAGCUGCGUGAGCGUCUUCAAAAUGAGCAAAGCUCGAUUGUGGACGCACAGAACUCACUGCAGGACGAGCUCAGCAAGAUAGGAGACGAGCUGACUUCCUCGACCAGUGUUCGACAGUCUCCUGUGCGAGGUAGCAAGACGAUUGCUGCUCGGGGAUCCACAUCCCAACCAAGCAACAUGAACCUGGCGCAGCGUGUCCUCCGCAUGGAGGGUCAGUUGCCCAAGCAGGUCGACGAACUGAACAGCCGCAUCGGCAGCAUUCAGUCAGACCUCUCGUCCUCGCUUAGCGUGUCGGAGAACAAGUGCAAGAAGCUGGACGAGCUUUAUCGCGAAGCUAACGCGGAGAACGAGGCGCUAUACACGCGGUUCAACGACGAGCUCGGCAAAAUCAUGAAGGCGGUCAGAGGUGGAGAGGGGGUGGAAGAGCUCAAGAAGAAGCUCAAGGAGAGUCAGGAUGAGGCGGCUAAACUGAGGAGGGAGACGAGCCGGUUGAAGAGGGAGAAUGUUGGACUGAGAGCGCAGUUGAAGGAUUGA